GUCUGAGUUCGAGCUCUCGUUUCCUAAUUGGCUGUGGUAUUCGGCGGCUUUCCUCCGCGAGGAUGACCCGGAAGUGACUCCUGAAGUACGGGCCGCGUGGGUCACCUACUGGGUAAUCGUUUCCCGCGGCUGCUGUGAUGACCAAAAUAAAGGGAGAUCCGGAGGGGCAAGAGGCUCAGGCGGAGGCGUGCUCUGGCGAGCGCACUUACCACGAGCUGCUGGUGAAUCUGAACCCCAUCGCGCAGCCCCUAGCUUCUCGCCGUCUCACGCGGAAGCUAUACAAAUGCAUCAAGAAAGCGGUGAAGCAGAAGCAGAUUCGGCGCGGGGUAAAGGAGGUUCAGAAGUUUGUCAACAAAGGCGAGAAAGGGAUUAUGGUUUUGGCAGGAGACACACUGCCCGUUGAGGUGUACUGCCAUCUCCCAGUUAUGUGCGAGGACCGGAACUUGCCCUACAUCUAUAUCCCCUCUAAGACGGACUUGGGUGCAGCCGCUGGUUCCAAGCGCCCUACCUGUGUGAUAAUGGUCAAGCCCCACGAGGAAUACCAGGAGGCCUAUGAAGAAUGCCUGGAGGAGGUGCGAGCCCUGCCCCUACCCAUGUGAAAGGCUUGGGCAACAACCUGGACCUCAGCUCUGGAAGCUGCUGGGUUGGCAGUGGCCCAACCAGCCACACCCCCUGCUGUCUACUCACAGUAUCUCCCCAGUCCCUGAGCAGGUAUUUUUCCCAAGCAGCUCCAACAGCUAUUUCGUGAAGGCAAAGCCAGCAUCUUCUCCAUCAGUGCUGUUUCCUCUUAAGUUUCCUGGCAUUCAUUUCCGAGGAUGAGUUGUAGGGGAAGUAAAUGCUAAGACUAAAUGUGA